CCCAUGGUGUACCCAUGGACCCCCCAAACAGGAGGCUCCGUUAGACACGAUACAGUGUUAGACCACUUAUCUAUAGCAUGUAUCAACCCUCAACUCAAGCAUAAUCAAACCUACACGUUUAACUCUGUUAUGAGUUAUAGUUCAUCGUUUUAAUGGAGAUACUACGGACCAGACGCGUUCUCACGGCAACGCUUCUGUCGCAAACACUAAGGUGGUGUUGUGAAAGACGAGGUUGUGUCGUAAAAUAGGAGGGUUUACGGCAACGAAAACGUGGGUCGUGUUGUCUCCAGGUAAGGUUUAAGUUAACUAGUCCAUGUUAACAUGUCGAAUUAGUAAAGGUUUAUUUUAUCCAGUCGCUGUUGAAUCGGGUUUGAUGACCCGUAUGGUCCGAAGAACCGUUCAGCUCCACUGUGACAGGAGACAGCGACCAGAAGGGGGGACAGUUAGUGAGGGGGCCAGUCAGGCACAAUGCUGUACCUGGUGGGCCUGGGGCUCGGCGACGCGAAGGACAUCACGGUGAAGGGCUUGGAGGUGGUGCGGCGCUGCUCGCGGGUCUACCUGGAGGCCUACACCUCUGUGCUGACCGUUGGGAAGGAGGCGCUGGAGGAGUUCUACGGCCGGGAGCUGAUCCUAGCAGACCGAGACCUGGUGGAGCUGGAGGCAGAGGAGAUCCUGAAGGAGGCAGACACCAGCGACGUGGCCUUCUUGGUGGUGGGAGACCCCUUUGGCGCCACCACCCACAGUGACCUGGUCCUGAGAGCAGUGCAUGCUGGGAUAUCGUACCGUGUGGUGCACAACGCCUCCAUCAUGAACGCCGUGGGCUGCUGCGGCCUGCAGCUCUACAGUUUUGGGGAAACGGUUUCCAUCGUGUUCUGGGAUGACGACUGGAAACCAGAAAGUUUCUACGAUAAAAUCAAGAAGAAUCGCUCCAUGGGACUGCACAGCCUCUGUCUGCUAGAUAUCAAGGUGAAGGAGCAGUCAAUAGAGAACCUCAUGAGGGGGAGGAAGGUGUACGAGCCUCCCAGGUUCAUGUCCGUGUCCCAGGCGGCCGGACAGCUGCUGGAGGUCAUCCGGAGGAGGAGGGAGGAGGGGGAGGAGCUGGGGCUGACGGAGGACACGCUGUGUGUGGGCGUGGCCCGGGUGGGGGCGGAGGAUCAGGUGAUUCGCACCGCCACGCUACGUCAGCUGGGGUCAUGUGACCUGGGGCCGCCGCUCCACUCGCUGGUCGUGACCGGUCGCCUCCACCCACUGGAGGUCGACAUGCUGCGACUGUCUGCUGCACCAGAUGCACUCGCACACCUGGAGGUGGAGGACAGCUCCACCUCCUGACUGUCCAUCAACAAGACCUCAUAAUGGAAGGACCAAUAAGAGCUUUCUGUAAUCCCGUCAAAAUUCAACUUGAAUAAAAACAUUCAGACAAA